UUUAGAGCAGCUCAGUGCCAAGGCGAGCUAACCGAUCGGGCGACGCCGUCGCGGCUAUAGGCCGGCUGCACUGAUCGAGGCUAGGCUAGGCUCAUCCAGGCCCCGCGGCGUAACAAUGAGAGUGAUUGCGAUAUUACCCGCUGCCGGUACAGGUGAAAGAACUGGCCUUAAAACACCUAAACAAUUUUGUGAAAUUGCUGGCUUUCCUCUUAUUCUUCACACACUCUGGAAUUUUCAGAGGCCUUGGAUUGCAGAAACUGUUGUAGCAGUAUCUGAUGACUGGUUACCUUCUCUACAGGACCUUGUUACUCGGCACAAUUUGAAAAAUGUGCAGCUUCUUAUUGGAGGUAAAACCCGUCACCAGUCUAUCAAAAUCUGUGUGCAGUAUGUCUGUGAGAGGAUCCAGAAUCAAAGAUAUGAUACCAGUGAUGUCGUCAUCAUUGUUCAUGAUGCUGUAAGACCGUUUGUAGCAGAGGAAACUCUCCAAAGGGUUACAGAGGCUGCUCAUAAACAAGGGGCUGCAGGGGUAGUAUGUCCUUUGGUUUCAACAACAUUAGCUACAAAAGAAGAUGGCAAUCUAGAUUAUUCCUUGGUGCGAUCCAAACAUUGUAAUAGUCAUACUCCUCAAGCUUUCUCAUAUGAAACUAUAGUCACAGCAUAUGACAAGAUUUCUCAGCAUGAUCUGGAUCAUGGAACAGAGGUUCUUCAUUUAGCACUGGAAUAUGCAGGAGUGAGAGCUAAGCUGUUACACACAACAGAUGAAGUUUGGAAGGUUACAUACAGAAGGGAUAUGUGUGCUGCUGAACAAUUUGCAAGGGAGAGGCUUGCAAGGGUAGCUAUUCUUUCAGAUGGGACUAGUCUUGAGAUUGGUGAUGUACUAGAAGAGAAAGUAAAGAAAAGGAGAUUGAGAAUCUUAUCAAAAUGCUCAUCUGCCACAACUCUUCCAUCUGAUGUAAACUCUGUUAUUGUAAUUGCGGAUACUCCUCCAAUCACCAAAUGCAUGUUAGAUGUAACAGUAGUCUUAGAAAAAUUACAACAGCAGUAUCCACUCAAGGGAUCUGUCAUUCUACUUGUUACCAUGCCAGCAGAAGAGAAGAAUCUUCGAGAUAAUCUCAUGGAAAGAUUCCAAGAGCUCAGAUUAGACAAAAGAUACAGAGAUGUCUGUGUUUACUGUGUCAUCUUGGAAACAAAGAGUUUAGCAGUUGGGGCAGAGAGGAUAGACAGAGUAUGUGAACUUACAGCCAACCUGGUGUUGAGACAGGAUGAGCUGAUGUCUGGUCAAACAUUCAUUGUUUAACAUUACCAUUGUGAUACCUAGCCUUCCUUUCUGCUAGUACACGUAGUAUGUUUACAUUUCUGGCUGGGAUUGUUUUAAUUUUACUUUGUCAUCUUUGAUGACUAAUAUUUGUUAUCGGUUAUAAGAAGCUUGUAUAUUUGUCAGUUUUCAUUUUCAGACAGUGAUCAAAUGUGAUCUAGAUGGAUUUCAUAAUUUCAAUUUUUCAAAUCUUAAGAUUCUUUAUCAAAUGUAGUUCACCCAAAUAUAAAUACAAGACAUGAAAUUUGCUAAUUACUCCAGAGCUUAAUUUGUAUGAAAUAUCAAAACAAUAAAAUACAUUGGCAAUGUGACAAAUACAAUAAAAAUAUAGCCAGACCAAGAGAACGAAGUAAACUGUUCCACAAUGUGCUGCACUCAACCCAGGUGAGGUAAAUGUGUACCGGUAGGAAGUAAUUCCUGAAAAAGCUGUAUGCGCUGUGAACGCAUAGCUUAUUCGGGUAAUAUAGGAGCGCCUUGAGCACCUAACAAGGUGGAUAUGUGCGCAAUAUAAAUACCCUAUAUUAUUAUUAAACACAUAAAUGCACAUUUUGUAUACAACUUAGUUUUGUCAUUUUGGAUCUAUCAUGCAGAUCUUGCUGUUAAAGUGGGAACUAAGAGAGUAUAUUACACUUCUCAAAUAACACAAGUAUUGCUUUUCAUGACUGUGAUUCCAAGAAUUUGAUAAAUAUUUCUUAUUUCAGUGCAUUAAAAUGCUUUACAUCCUGUAAUCCUUUAGGGUUUUCAUAUUGCCCUUGUCUGCAAGGUGAAAUUGAUUCUUAGCUGAAUUUUCAAGGCAGUUAUUAUGGAAGUACAUAUAUCGUGAUUUUCAUUAAAGGCUUCCAUAUUGAUUCUUCAUUUUUAUACAAUGGGCAAAUUUCUUAUAGCCCCUACCAGUAUAUAUUUUAUUUGCAAUAUAUGUGUAUUGUAUUUCAAAUACUGAAUUUGAAUGACUUCAUUAUUUGUUAAAUUAAAACAAAGGUAG